GCAAGGGUUACGUACACAGUACUUGGCCAUCCUCUUCGUCGAGGCAGAGACCAUCAACGGCCAUGACGGCGACAACAACGACCAUGACGACGAGCAGCAACAAGAAGCCGCGCGGCGCCAAGCCCGAGGCGUCGGCCCACAUGCCCUUCUUCAUGACCAAGAAGAACGCGCCGAACGUGUGCUUCACCCGCGGACCCCUGAGCCUCGAGAGCGCCUUCCGCGUCGGGCGCCAUCACCCGCAUGGGCUGCACAGCGACUUGUUUGCGGACUUUCCGAGCGCGCCCGCCCCGCCCAAGCCCGAUGACUUCGAGCACGAAAACAAGCUGCUCCAGGAGGAGGUGCUGCGCCUCGAGAGCCAACUGGUCACGAUGCGCUGCGACUUGGCGGUCAAAGAAUUUGAAGUUCUCGGGCUCAAUUCGGAGAACCAGUACCUUCGGCGCAUGCAGCAUCAGGCGACGCGCAAGACGGACGACCUCAUUGCCAAACUCUCGGCGCAGUGCGAGUAUGCGCAAAAGGUGGCCCACGACCAAGAGCUGGCGCUGCGCCGCCAAGCCCGCGAGAUCGAAGAGAGCAAGGCGUGGAUCCUCAACCAGUACUUUACGGGCUGCGUCGACGACAAUGUGCCCAAGCCGGCGUCCUGGGAAGACCCGAACACUCUACGCGUGGAUGUGAUUGAAGCGUCCGCGUCGCUGCUCGCUACGCCGUGGGCCUCGCCGUUCACGUCGAUUGCGACACCGCUGCUGCGAUCGCCGAGCGCCCAGGCGCAGCAAAAGCUCGUGUCGCAGCUCGAAGACGUCGAGAACCUCCUCGCGCGCUGCGUCGAGCACCAGAAAGCGAGCGUCUCGGAAGUCGCCAACAUUGAAAUGGCCAUGGAAGAAGCCUGUGAGCAGUACUACCACGUGCUCGAAGAACCCGUCGAGGAGCCGACGUGCGCAACGACCGAGCUCAAGACGGACGACGCGGCCGCGUUUGAGUUUGACGCGCUCAUCUCAGAACUCAAUGGCCUCGUGUGCCGGUACGAUGCAGUACCGGCCUGCGGAGCGUAGUCGCCCUCGUGUAUAUAUAUUUAAGAGCCUCCUCCAUACGACACUAGCUUUAGUAGAUCAA